AUGAAGAACUUCGUGUUCGUCCAGACCAACUUCAUCCCUCUUCAAGGAGAUAUGCAAAACACUGCUACAUGGUUUCUCGAGCCUCUUGUACUCUGUUACAGAUCACUCUGUGCCUGUGGUGAUUGACCAAUUGCAGACGGAAGCCUUCUUGAUUUCUUAUGGCGUUCUACCUUUGAGCUCUUACUUGUCAGACUUGAUAUCCAGCAGGAAUCUGACAGGCACACUGAUGUUCUAGAUGCCAUCACAAAGCACCUAGGCAUUGGAUCCUAUCGAGAAUGGUCUGAGGAACAUAGGCAGGAAUGGCUCUUAACUGUGCUCAGUGGCAAACGCCCUCUUUUUGGACCUGAUCUUCCCAAAACUGAAGAAAUUGGCGUACUUGACACCUGUCAUGUCAUUGCAGAACUUCCUCCAGACAAUGUUGGUGCUUAUAUAAUCCCAAUGGCCACAAGCCUUUCUGAUGUACUUGCUGUUGGGCUGUUAUAGUGUGAGUGUCGUGUCUAACAACCACUAAGUUUUUCGUUGUUUGAAAAGCUGGCUGUUCUUGAAGCUGCUCCUGCUGCUGUGGCUCGUCUCUUCUCAAUAAAUUGGUAUAGAAACCAGAUCAAGGGAAAGCAAGAAGUCAUGAUAGGAUACCCAGAUUCUGGAAAGGAUGCCGGGCGUCUCUCUGCUGCUUGGCAGCUGUACGAGGCUCAAGAAGAGCUUGUGAAGGUGGCAAAGGAAUAUGGGGUUAAGACGAGGAGGGCCUACCCAUCUUGCUAUAUUACUCAACCACCUGGCACCAUUUGUGCAUCACUUCGUCUCUUCGUGAUCCCGGGCACAGCGCCAUUCCCAGGCAAGAAAGAGAAAAAAUCCAAUCUAGCACAAAAAGCUCAUCGGAUGUGAAUUAUCGGGAUGCUUGAUAAGAGCAAGAUCAUAGGAGUGGUCGCCCCACUGAAAAGAAUAGGUGACGGCCCCGUUCUUUCAAAGAAGACUUUCCUUUAAAUAAAAGAAAGUCACUUUUACGUGCGAGUAACUAUGAAUGUCGCAUGUCCUCUUUCUUAAUGAUUUCAUAGGCGGACUUCGUAGAAAAUUGCCCAUUAGCAUUGUUUCUCCAUGUUAGGGCGUCUGAGAUUGUUUGGCUGUUAAAGGCGAGUUGAAAAGUCUUCUGGGGAGGAGCACUUGUGUUUCAGAACACUCCAGAGUUUUACAGCUACCGCACUUGAGCAUGGAAUGCCUCCCCCAAUCUCACCUGAGUCAGAAUGGCGUGCUCUCAUGGAUGAGAUGGAAAUUGUAGCGACGAAAGAACACCGACCCAUAGUCUUCCAAGAACCUCGUUUUGUUGAAUACCUCCGCUUUGUAAGCAUUUAACUCAGCCAUUGUCAUUUAUCCUUCAAGGUUGUUUAACCUGAUCAUAACAACGAAAUUCUAAUAGCCCUGACAAUUCACCAAGAAAGACUAAAGCAACUAUUCUUUAUUUCUCUGUCAUUCUUAUUUGAAAUAAGUAAAAAUCAAAUGACCAUGUCUUGAAUUAUUCAUGUGAUUACCAAACUGGAUAUAUAUCCCUUCUCUUUUUGCUCUUAUCCGAGCAUUUAAUGUCUCACCUUUUGUGCUUUCUCUCAUUAACCCUCCUACAAAUUUCGAAGUCGUGUAGUGUUUGAGGUUUGAAAUGGUUUGUGGAUCCUUCAUUUUCACUCUUGGUAUAGUAAUUAGUACACUGAUGGACAUGCUUCAUUUUUCUGGUGUUUGGGAUUUCCAUGAUGCGGGCAACACCAGAGAUGGAGUAUGGUCGGAUGAAAAUUGGCAGUCGACCAUCAACACGGAAGCUAAGUGGCGGCAUUGAGACACUCCGAGCAAUCCCUUGGAUCUUUUGCUUGGACCCAAACAAGGUUCCAUCUACCAGUUUGGCUUGGCUUUGGAGCAGCAUUUAAGCAUGCGAUUCAGAAAGACAAAAAAAUCUCCACAUGCUACGGGAGAUAUACAAUCAGUGGCUUUUCUUCAGAUUGACAAUUUACUUGUGGAGAUGGCAUUUGCCAUGGGAGAUCCAGGGUUUGCUGCUUUGUAUGACAAGCCCCUGGUGUCAGAAUAAAUGCGGCCUUUUGGAGACUGCUUGAGAGCAAAGUACGAAGAAACCAAGCUCCUCCUCCUCCUCCGGGUAUGGGGAUAAGCCGUUUCUGAGAGAACAAAUCAUAUAGAUUGGUCAAAAUCCAUUGCUUUCGUCCCCCUUCAGAACAUUUCUAGAUCCAAGCCUGUUUUGUUUCACAUUUCUUUGCUUAUAAAAGUUUAAGACACGGCUUCGAUCCAUCUGUGAAUAAAUUCCAUUAUGUUUUCUGUGCUUGCAGAUUGCCGAGCAUAAGGACCUUCUCGAAGGAGACCCAUACUCGAAG